AUGGACUUUCCUCGACUCUCACCCCCCUCGAUUAAUAUCCACGACUUCAACAGCGGCCAUAUGUCUAUUGCUAGAGCCUCGUACAACAUGCCCGGGCAGUCAUUUCCAUCACAGGGACCCAUGCCGAUUCGCUCAAACUCGAUGAACAAUUUCGCGCCGCCUCCGUUACCGCCACCUCCGCGGAUUAGUGGCCUGGAGAAUGGGUACGAUGCAGGUUGGAUACAUGCGAACUUGAGACUGCAGCCUGGAUCGCCGCAGCCUGGGUCGACGAUGCUUGCACCGAUAAAUCCUAAUUCGAGUUUGUUCGGUGAUCACCGUCGUCCAGAAUACCCUGUGCCUCGCAGCGAUCGAAUGAUCUUGGAUGAAUCAGAUGGCAGGCAAGGUGCCCUACCCACGUCAAGGAGUCCGGAAGCACAUAUCAAAAUCGAACCGCCGCCGCCGGCUGAUGAAGGUUUUCGGAACUCUGUUUCUAUUUCAGGAUCGAUCCUCAAGGGCGAACAGAAAUUCUCUCAGCGGAGCGUCAAAGAUUCAUCCGAUGCCUACGACCAGCACCUUCUAUCCAAGAUUGGUAAACCGCUCUCUCCACGACAAUCUGUUAGUCUCGGAACAGAAAAUAAAAGCUCAUUAGCGACUCUCCCAAUUCCUUCAAGAGGCUUCGCAAGCUUACCCUCACCCGCCGGCUCUGAUGCUCCAUCUCUCGAUGUUAGGUGGUCUGGAAGUUCUCAGUCGGGUGGUAUAUCCCCAGGUACCAAGGUUGCAUGGAGAGAUUAUAUUGGCCGCCGAAGCCCCAGUGUUGAAAGCAAUGCGCCAUCCUCUACCAUGGAUUAUGAGCAUUCGCCGUUCUCGCGAGAUUGCCGUCGUAAGGCCGGAACCACCCCGCAACAUGAUGAUAUCUCCAGCCUUCCCAGUCGUUCCAACCGAGGAAGCUACGACCAGAGCGUCGUUUCGGAUAUGGAGGGCGAAUUUUCCAUGGAUGAAUCUAUGCCGUCACGAUUAUUCAGUGUCCGCGAGGCAACUCCGCCCUAUCUAGAUGCCUCUAGGUCUGGAAUGAAAAGAAGGGCUUCUUCUCCUCCUCGUGAGCCUAUUGGUCACGACAAACACGCCUUGCAUACGGCGACGAGCAAUGGCGAUCUUUCCCAACGAAGGACCAGUGGCCAUCCGUUUGGGAACAAUCUGUCGGUCAACAGUGGCUAUGCUAGCUAUGGAAGUCUUUCGGCCGCCUCGUCUGUAAGCCUGCGAACCACUGCAUCAUAUUCGUCAGCAGCUCCUUCUAUAGGCAGUAGCAUUACUACUGCCUCGACAUACGAUCGCUCACCCGGGGGUCUAUCACCGAAGUCCGAUUUCGAUGCGUUCCACGACAAGUCCGUCUUGGGUUCAAGCUCCAGCGCGGGGCUAUCGGCUCAUUUGGCCGCACAAACUGCUCAUGACGUCGGCUCCAUCGAGUCAUCGACUGGGAGCCAUUCGAGGAAGAUGUCCUUCCAGACUGGUAUGAAUGCACCCAAGCCAGCAGCACCUAAACUUGGUGGACUGUACAUUUGUGAUUGUUGCCCGAAGAAACCCAAGAAGUUCGACAGUCCGGAAGAACUUCGGUAA